AUGAAAUGCCUCACCCACCCACUGCUCAGGAGGUUGUUGAGUCUCUCACCUCGGUGCAUGCCAGUGGGAUUCAGUCACAGUAAAGGUCCUAUCCUCAGUCCAAAUUGGUCAUCUUGGAGGCAGAACUGCAGUGCAAGACCUGGACUUGUGAUUGCUACUGAUGUAGUCAACUACUGGCAGAAGGUGUUUGAGACAAAUGGGAUACCUGAAGCACGAGAAUCCAGUGAAUAUAUUGUGUCGUUUGUUCUGGGAGCAAAAACAUUUCAGAGUUUGAAUUGCAAAAGCCUCCACACUCCGCUUACACCAGCGCAGCAGGAGCAAAUCCAGCAGUUGAGCAGCAAGCGACUAGAAAGAAUGCCGGUGCAGUAUGUGCUUGGGGAGUGGGACUUUCAGGACCUGACUCUGAAGAUGAGACCCCCAGUAUUCAUUCCUCGUCCUGAAACAGAGGAUCUUGUCUCUUUAAUUGUGGAAGAAGAAUUUCAGAAAUGUGAGAAGAAUUCAGGACUUUGCUUCCCAGUUCCUGACCCUCAUCCUGUGAUCCUGGAGGUUGGCUGUGGCUCUGGAGCAAUUUCUCUGAGUCUGCUGUUCAGACUGCCACAGAGCCGGGUGGUAGCUGUGGAUAAAGAGAAGGCUGCUGUGGAUCUCACCAGGGAGAAUGCACAUAGGCUGCAACUGCAAGACAGGGUUCACAUCCUCCACCAUGAUGUUUCAUAUGGUUCUGCUAAGCAGCUGCUAUGCUGGGGCCCCUUAGACUUCAUAGUCAGUAACCCUCCCUAUGUCUUCCAUGAAGACAUGGCUUCCUUGGAUGCAGAAAUCCUCCGCUAUGAGGACCUUGGUGCACUGGAUGGAGGAGAUGAUGGCAUGAGAGUAAUCAAAACAAUCCUGACUCUGGCUCCUUCUCUUCUGAAGGAUUCUGGGAGUGUGUUUCUGGAAGUUGAUUCCAGACACCCAGCUAUGGUGGAGGAUUGGCUGCAGGCACACCCCAACUUGCUACUUGCCCUUUGUGCCGUUCAUAGGGACUUCUGUGGCAAGCCUAGGUUUCUGCACAUCCAGAAGCAAAACAGAUGA